CUUCAAUCAUCUCACGUCUACGCACCGUUUUACACUCUACAUCUCCUGACCCAUUGAACAUUCCUCGUAUCAUUUUUCAGCGUUUGCUCAAUCUAUCACACAACAUGUUGGCCCUGCGAUCACUCGUGCGGGCGUUGCCCAAAUCCUCACUGCGCCAGUCAGCUGCUGGUUCCCUGCGCUCCAACACCAGAUCUGGCAUUCAGAGAGCAGCCUGGCAAUCGAAAUGGCAGUCAUCCUAUUCGGCAUUCUCUACCUCGGCGAUCAAACGAGAGUCAGCUGGACAGUUCGAUCAAGAACUCUCUGCGAAAAUCGCGCAGGAGCAUUCACUCGAACUCGAGAGUCACGAUGAUUCGAAGGAUGAAUCCGUCAAUGAAUACCUCAAGUCUAGCCCUUUCACGGUGACCGAGAAGCCGGGGUCCCACGAAAUCGUUCUGACCCGCGAAUUCGGCAACGAACAGAUCAAGGUCGAGCUAAGCAUCUCCGAUAUCAAUAACAUGUCCGAGGAAGAAUUCGAUCAAAACGACGAGGAUGAUGCCUUCGAUGAUGAGCCCGAGUACGAGCAGGAGAAGAGAACGAUCAAUCAAUCCAAGGGCGGCAAGAUUGAUGUGAUGCCCGAGGACAGCAUCGCUCCAGCUGAUCGGGAAGGUGACUUGGACUAUUCCAGUGGCCCCAGCUAUCCUAUCCGCAUUCUCGUCACCAUCACCAAACCUGGAAACAAAGCCAUCCAGGUGGCGGCGGUCGUGGUAGACGGCACGAUUGACAUCGAAAACCUCACAAUUUAUGAAAAGGCAUCACUGGUAGAUGCCGAGGGCAACAAGGAGGCGCGGGAAGCACAAUCAUUGUACGAGGGCCCACCAAUCCGCAACCUCGACCCGGAAUUGCAGAUGCACUUGGAGAGAUAUCUCGAAGAGCGAGGAAUCAACGCCGAGCUGGCGGUGUUCUUGCCUGAUUACGUCGACCAGAAGGAGCAGAAAGAAUACGUGUCAUGGUUGGAUAAUCUCCGGAAAUUCAUUGACGCGUAAGGAAACUUUCGACAAGUCAUGUUCAAAGCACGACUGGGCUCCGUCCCCUUGUGACACCAACUACAGCCACUUGAAAGCAAUGUAAAAUAAUACCACUACUGUUGUUCCUCGGCGUUCUUCUGAAAGCAAUGGACAGGAUGUACUUGGGACAAGCAAAGACGGUCUAGUCAAAUGUGACAUAACACCGGCUCAAAAUUGCUCCGAGUCUUCAAGUGCCGUCCUGGGCAUGACAAUAUUACCCCGUUCAUGAUGGUCCAGUUUUUGACGGGACAAGGAAAUUGUGUAGAUAGCUUGGCUGAGACCUUCUCCUCUCCUCAAAGAUAUCAACAUCGUUCAUUGAGAUGCAAACUUGUAACAGGCUUGGGAGCGCAUUUGGCCGCCUUAUUCAAGGUUAAUAUGAACGCACGAGUAUCGGUUACAUCAGGUACACCUUGGCUUAUAUUCAGGCGUCUCGCGCAGCAUAUGAUAGCGGGGGUGUGGGUUGAACACCAAGUGUAAGGCCUUCCUUCUGAUUUCGCGAUCUCGAUAUCGUUGUACAA